CUAUCGCAAUCGUAAGAAAUGAAUUCUUGUCAGUGGUCGUUAUAGUAAUUCUGCUAUCGGUUUUCGUCGAACUUGUAGAACUAAAACUGUGUCAGUGCCCGUAAUAAACGCUAUAGUGUUUUCCACGUUACUGCUUCCUCAUCCGAGAUUUUCUGCAGGCUAUCAUAGCUUGUUGUAUUCGCGCUUGUCGUCUGUUAUAAUCUUUUUGAAAGAGACAGUUUCCAAAAAGUAUAUACUUUUUAGUUUCCCUCUUGUCUUCUCCCCUUAGUUUGUAGGUUCCCCUAUCAGAAUCAGAUCGAUGCAGACCGGCUAGGGUCGACCGCCGCCUCGGAUUUCAUGAGUUUUAAGCGCCUCGCUCUACCGCUCCUUGCGGCGUCCAUGCCGAGUAUCGGCAAGUGACCCAAGAGCUGCAACUAGAGGCGGCGAGUAGAAAAUCGCUCCAAGAUGAAGUAUAGUAGAUCUUCACUAUAUUCAUCACAGUGCCAGGAGUCGGAGUACCAAACGAAAGCGACCGAAUGCCGCGGCAGAGUGUGCAGCCCGAUGCCCGAACGGCCAGUGAUGUGCACAAGGCGAGCCGGUGCCGCGUGGCGCAGCACGACUUGCUUUCCGUUUCCCACGUACUGGAUCGGGACCACCAUCACGGAUCUCCACCACCGGGUCGAGACCACGAGGAAGCAGACCUAGAAAACGAGCCGCAUUCCACCCACGACUUUGCGCGCGACCUGGCGGAGGGACUCACGCGCAAGUCCCACUUCCACGCGCUCGCCCGCGUCGCCAACAAUUCCAAGCUGAAGGAGACGGGUAUCCCGCGGAAGCGGUAUUUGUUUCCGUCCCUGAUCCGCAUGACUUGCAUCGCGGGGGUGUGUCUGGCCCACUACGUCGAGAAACAGUGCAGCGAGAUGGCGCACGGGAGCGUGUGGAAGAGAGUGAGGGACGUCAGCUACGCGGACCCUGUGCGGAGCUACAAGAAGGCGGCGCUGGAGCAAGAGUUCGUCCAGCGCGGAGACUAUUUUGCGUCCUACGGGGCGUCCACGGCGCACCUGGUUUUGCCGUGGCUGAUGGCGCUGAGCGGCACGUUGGAAGGCCUCAGCUCCUCCCCCCUGUGGUCGCGCGUCUUGUGGUGCGGCGUGGUGCUGGGGCUCGGCUUGCUUUCGAACUACCUGAACAUGGUGCUCGGGGACGAGGAUCCGCGCUUUUCGAAAGAGGACGACUUCGCCUUCAAUCUCGUGUACCAGAUGGGUUUCAUGGUGGUGCUUAUCGCAUUUACAGUGCUCGUGCGGCCGCUGAAGGUCUAUCUAAACGGCGGGAGCGGAAUUUCGGUACUACAAGUAAUGGGGGGCGGGGAGAGAAGGCGGGAGCGCGACGAGUCUACUGAAGGCGCACGAAAGGGUGGAACGACUUCUGCUUCUACUACGCCCAGUCAUGCAUUGGGGCAGGUUGGGAUCGAAGGAGCGCGCCAAGCCGCAGCCGGUGCUGCUUUCCCCGCCGGAUCCGACGCGAAGUCGAAUGUUGUGCCUAAGGUUCUUAUUUCCCAGGAGACCGUGACCACUGCCAACAGUCCCGACACCAGUGACAGAAGAAGUCUUGCUGUAGUGCAACAGUCACAUCAGGGCAGCUCCAGGAAAAAAAGCGCACUGCUGACGAGCGUGCUGGCCCCCUACAUGGCGCUUUCCCUCUCGGCCGUUAUUGUCGUCAGUGUCGUGGCCGAUCUGCCGUAUUUUGGUCUUGUCACCAGCCUGUUCCUCCUCGCCGUUUUUCUCCAAGUCACCGCUGGCGUCGUCUCGCUCGCGGCGUUUGCCAUCGCAACAAUCCUUCUGCAGCUGCUCCCGCACUUUGUCCUGUCGCUCGAGCGCGGCUGGCCGUACGAGAAACCAAACGCAGGCCUCCCCUACCUGAGCUACCAGUGGGCGAAGUUGGCGUAUAUUUUUUUCCUCGGCUUCACCUUCGGAGGCGUUGUGAUGAAGUUCCACGCGAGCCCCGAGGCAAUCUCUCGCGCGAAGACCAUCCGCGAGAAGCAUCUGGAGUCGGCUUUGGAGCAGAGCGGAAACACCGAACAGGACGUUUUUGUUGAAAAAGGAACAGAACACCUGGCACCGGAAGACGUGCACAUUUCCGAAGAUCCCACGCUUGAUGGAACAGAAAUGAAUGGCGUCGAUAAAGAGAAAACUUCUACCCGCCCAUCAGCUUCCGAGGAAAAUAAUGUCGACGAAGCUAGGGUUCGGACCCCGGCGUCGCCAGACUCAAGUGGUCCCAGUGGUUCUUGCGUGUUCCAGGGUGUUUUCCAGGAGACGGUCUUCCCUUGCGUUUUCGCGCUUCUGUUUCCCGUGUUCGGUAUUUUCGCGGUGGACAGCAUCCCCUACGCGCGGCCAGAUCUGGAGUCCCCGGGUAACCAGCUUGAUGAGUACGAGUUCUUCAAAACACACCCGCGGUUGAAUCUGGAUCCGACCACGUGGCCUUGGGAUCACGUCUACGAUUCGGUUCUGGCGGGGUUGGGGGGGAUUCGCGCGACUUCCGCGGCAUGCGCGGCUGCAACAACUGCUGGCGGUGCAACGGGACAACCCCCAUCCGGACUCGGUUCGACCACUACGGAGGUCUGUUACACCGGCGUGCGGACCGAUUACUCGAACCGCACGUCGUUGCUCGGCCAGGCCCUCGAGUCCCUUUUUUUAGACCCGACGGUCGUUUACUUACCGGCCGAGGCGCCCAACCCCCGCGACGAGCUGGAGAAACGACGGUCUCUGCGCGCCACGAUGCUGCUGCGCGACUGCGUCCUCUUUCUGACGUUCUUCGCACUGGUGGCGAACAAGACGGAGGACCGGUACGGAAUUACGCCGCCGAUGGACUACUGGAGUCUGCUCGCGUACGUGUUUCACCCGGUAGUCCUGAAGGGGCGGUGGGUGGAGGACGGAAGCCCGCUCGCGUUCUUAGGCUUUCUACUUUCGACCUUGACCCUUACGAUGGCGGUGCACUUUCUUCUGGUGCUGCUGUUGAAGGGGCGGGUGGCCAAGCGGCUGCAGGAACGACAUGAUCUUCACGCGGCUGGCGUGAAGAAACAGGCAAGUAGUGCAACUUCCGUUUUUGAAGAAACAGCCACCGGACCGAGCGACGAAGUGUCCGCGGUGAGCCACGAGGAGACCAUGGGAACAGGUCCCGAGAACUCGUGUGUGGGGCCUGAAGUAGCAAAGGUGAUGUUGCGUCCACGUGCGCGUCUGGAGGCUCAUAUGAUUUCCUCGAAGACGUCCGGGGCCACCGUCGACGGACCAGCGCCUGGAAGAACUGCUACUCCAGAAGCUGAGGAAACAAGCCUAACGUUCGCGCAGCGCCUCGACUUUGCUUUGUUGGAAAAGGCGAAAACGCAACACCCAGUGACAACGGCGGCCGAAGUUGCGAUUCAAACUUUUGUGCCAGGCGGUGGAAGAUCUUCGGGUAGGGAGAGCGUGCGCGAACAGGUGGCGCAUGCCGUGCGGACGGCUGCAAACUCGGAGCUGCGCCGCGAGCUGCAGGAUGCGUACUUAAACAGCGAGCGGGCCUGAGUAGAGCACUUAUAAUGGUUAUGCAGGAGGAGCCCCUUGUCCUCAUGUGCUGUGAAUGAUAAAAAAAUCGAAGGUCGUAGGAAUCGAACGUGACUACUGGCAACCAAAUCAUAUGAAUAUGUGCUACUUUUUCGACGCACCUCCGAGUAGACAGUGUAGUUUGUGUAGGAGGUGGUAACAGCUCCAUCCGAGAGGAAAACAGUACUAGAAAUCAGUAGACAAAAAGACCGGAGCAGGAGGAAACAAUUGAAAAACUGAAUUGGGUACUUUCUGGUUCUGUUCUCGUCUAGCUGGAUUCCAAUUCUCG